AUGAUAUACUAAGAUAUCUCAUGUUCUUAUAAAUUUAACCAAUUUGAAUGGUAGUAAGUACCAGAAGAUUAAUGCCUUUCUGAGUUUUCAUAGUAAAGAAACUUGAAAAUUGGCACAUAUAAUGUUUUAUUUGGAAUGCCUAGCAAAAUUUUGAACAUUUACAGUAGAAAUAAAAAAAGGUUCACUCACAUAAUAGAAAAUAUAAUCCCUGAGACAGAUCCAGAUGUACUAUCACUCAUGGAAGUAACUCAAGAGUUUAAGGAUAUGCUUUUAUCAAAUCCAUAUAUAAGAUAAAACUAUUAUGUAAGUCAUGUAUCUAAAAUUUAUCAAAGACGUUUAUUUGAGGUAUUUGUAAUUUCAAAAUAGCCUUUCACUAGCAUAUAUUUAGUAGACAGUAAGUAAGGAAGGUAUCAAUUUAGCAUAUUCCAUAACCAAGAAGUAUGGAAGAGCUUUAUUUUGAUAUCUACGCAUUUAUGGGCUGGUGAAGGGGACUUUGGAUCUAGAUAAAAAUAGCUAAGCCUUGUAAAUUAAUGUAUUUUAGAUAGAAAUUUUCUAAAUAGUAGGCAUAUUAAUGAUACAAUAAAGUAGAUAGCUAAUAUUGCUAUAUAGAAUAAUAAUAUUAUUCUUUAAGGAGAUUUAAAUCUUCAUAUGAGGCAUGAAGAUGCAUAUAUUUAUGAAAAUGGAUUUAUAGAUACUUAUAGAGAAAUAUAUCCCUUCUAAGAUGGCUAUACUUGGGAUUCGGCUUAAAAUAAUUUUAUUAACUCUGUUUUCAUAUUUGACGAUAGAAGAAUGAGACUAGAUAGAAUCUUACUUCGUAAAAGUUGCAAUCUAUUUUAAAUUUAAGAUGUUAAGAUUUUGGGUAAAGAAAAAAUAGGAAUAGGUCUUUGUGCUAGUGACCACUACCUUCUCCUUUCAAUUUUGAAAAUAAAUGAAAAUCCUUAGAAUCUAAUUUAAUAGUAUGAUACAUCAAACAUAGUUUAAGAUUAAAACACAGGAUUUCGAACUAUACAAACUAUAAUAAAAAUAAGAAAAGUAUUUCUCUUUGGCAUAAUUUUCUCUAUUAUUUUGUUAGCAGUUGGAAUACCACUUUUAAUCAUAUAUAAAUGA